AAUGAAAAAGUGGGUCCCGUUUACCUUUUCUCUUCUUCCAUUGCCGCGUAAAUAAAUAAGAAAACAGAGUUAAAGUUUCUUUUUUUCUCUUCCACUUUCUCACUGCACAAACUCAGAGACAAACACAAACACAAAGACAAACACACACACACACACCAUGAAGCGAACUACCUCAACGAACUCAGAACCACAGAGUUACAUGGAAUCACCACACUCUCCUCUCCGAUUCCACUCCCCUCUCUCAGACGCCGGAGAUCCACCGCCGGAGAGCCGUUACGUUUCCCCCGAAGCCUCCCCUUUCAAACUCGAAAACGCCACUGUAACCAACAGCAAGUUCCCGCCUCUUCCUCCUCCUCCUCCUCAGUAUCCGCCGCCGCCGCGGCGUCAGAGAAACGCGAGAGCAGCUUCUCCGUCGUCUAUGGUGGUGCUGAAUCGCUGGGUGAGAGAGGAAGUUCCAGAGACUACGACGACGACGACCACGACGAGGAAGGUUGGAGAAUCGGCGGCGGCGGCGAACAGAACGAGGAGAGACGAAUCGGUGGCUGUGGCGGCGGUGGGGUUUAGAGUGUGUGAAGUGGUUUUGUGCGUGAUAUCGUUUUCUAUUAUGGCGGCUGAUAAGACUAGAGGGUGGAGCGGUGACUCAUAUGAUCAAUACAAAGAGUACAGGUAUUGUUUGGUUGUGAACGUUAUAGCAUUCGUUUACUCUGCAUUUGAAGUUUGUGACGCUGCUUGCUACAUCGCGAAAGAGACUUACAUGUUAAACUGCGGAUGUCACGACAUCUUCGUCUUCUUUAUGGAUCAACUUCUUGCAUAUCUUCUGAUGUCGGCUUCCUCAUGUGCUGCUACUCGAGUUGAUGAUUGGAUAUCUAAUUGGGGUAAAGAUGAGUUUACUCAAAUGGCAACGGCAUCGAUAUCAGUUUCUUUUGUAGCGUUUGUGGCGUUUGCGGUCAGCGCUUUGAUUUCUUCUUACAGGCUCUUCACUCAUGCUUCCUCUUAGUUACGAUCAUCUUUUGUGUUGUCUGAGACCAGAUAUGACUCUCGCUCUUCGUACAGUCUCUCUUAUAGCUUAGGAAACCAGCAUGGUAAUGGUUCUUGCUACUCUUUGUGUGUAGAAGUAUAUAUAUUUUUAAAUAAGGCAAGCAAUCAAAUGACUGAGGUUACUUGUGUAUCAAGUCUUGACUUAUUUUAUUUAAUAACUAACUAUUAUUAAAUCAAGCUAGGUGCCUAAUCCCAAAACCUAAGUGCAUGUUCUCUUACAAGCAAACCUACCAUAUGAAAUGUGUUUGUAUCUAGAAAGCCUAGUUUUGUUUUUACUUCCCUUUUGGAUGAUCUGUUGCUGCUCUGUUUCUUCUUGGAUCUCUGUAAACUGUAAUCUGCAAUUUUUCUGAUCCUACACCACCAGAUUCAGAGAACUUAGUUAUCUUCUGUAACUCAUCACUAGCAGCUGCUUCUUGGUCUAUCUUAGGCUGUAACUGGAUGUUAAUAAAAGGAAUAAGUGGAAUUAAAGGAAUGAUAA